CUGCGUCUACGUAUUAAAACAUCUAUAAAACAUCAUCAUCAUUACCAUCACCAAUAUCAUAUUCUCAUACUCAAUCCAAAAUUGAAAGGAAACAAAAAUUUUAAUUUUCUUGAAAAUCUAAGAAACGCGAAUAUUCCUCCGCCGGAACUCGAUGAUCUGAUCCAGCAGCUACCGUCAGAAACAAGACCCGUGGUGCUCAGAAGACAGAUGUCAAUGUCUCAACGAGCCAUGUCAAACACACUGACGUCAGCAGCAAAUCUUUCAAACCUUCUUCCAACGGGAACACUCCUCGCGUUUCAACUCCUAACGCCCGUUUUUACUUCAAACGGGGUUUGUGACCACGCUACGCGUUUUCUAACCGCGGUUCUGCUCUUCCUCUUAGCUGCGUCUUGCUUCGUCAGCUCCUUCACCGAUAGCGUUAAAGCCGACGACGGAACAAUCUACUUCGGUUUCGUCACGUUCAAAGUGUUUGGGGCGGUUGCAUUAAGAGAUAAGUACGUAACGGAUUGCUUUUGUCCGUCGCCGGAGGAAGAGACGAAACAUGUUUUGGACAUUGUUCCGGUGGGGAUUGGGGUUAUAUGCAGCUUGUUAUUUAUGGUUUUCCCGGCAAGACGCCACGGAAUUGGGUAUCUUGUCACCGGAAAUGUUGAUCGCCGCUUAUCAUACGUUAUUCUUUGA